AAGGGUUCCCGAGCAGUGAGCACAGCCAGCCCACUCCCUGACAGAGUUGGUGGGCAGGGGCUCGCCUUGCAGCCCGUUUCACAUGGGAAACACCAUCCGGGCCUUCGUGGCUUUCAUCCCCACCGACCGCUGCCAGAGUUAUGUGGUGGGAGACCUCCGGGAGAUGCCCCUGGACAGGAUGGUGGAUCUGAGCGGGAGCCAGCUGCGUCGCUUCCCACUGCACGUGUGCUCCUUCACGGAGCUGGUGAAGCUCUACCUCAGCGACAACCACCUUCACAGCCUGCCUCCCGACCUGGCACAGCUGCAGAACCUGCAGAUCCUGGCCUUGGAUUUCAACAACUUCAAAGCUCUCCCCCGGGUGGUGUGUACCUUGAAACAGCUCUGCAUCCUCUACCUGGGCAAUAACAAACUCUGUGACCUCCCGGAUGAGCUCAGCCUGCUCCAGAACCUACGGACCCUGUGGCUCGAAUCCAACUGCCUCACCCGGCUGCCCGAUGUGGUGUGUGAGCUGAGUCUCCUUAAAACCCUGCAUGCCGGUUCCAACGCCCUACGUCUGCUACCCGGCCAGCUCCGGCGCCUGCGCGAGCUCAGGACCAUCUGGCUCUCCGGCAAUCAGCUAGCUGACUUCCCCUCGGUACUGCUUCGCAUGCCCUUUCUGGAGGUGAUCGACGUGGAUCGGAACAGUAUCCGCUACUUCCCCAGCCUGGCCCACUUGACAAAUCUGAAGCUGGUCAUCUAUGACCACAAUCCUUGCAGAAAUGCCCCCAAGGUGGGCAAAGGGGUUCGCCGUGUUGGGAGAUGGGCAGAGGAGACACCAGAGCCUGACCCCAGAAAAGCUAGGCGGUACGCACUGGCCAAGGAAGAGAAUCAAGAGCCACCUCCUCCCCUUCUUCCUUCCAGCUCUUGAACAGCUGAGGUUGAAGGCCAAUUCAAAGGUUACCCCACUGCUCCGAAGGCAUCUCAUUAGAGCGGAAGGGAUGGUCCUGGCUCAUCCCAGGGCUGAUGGAGAGAAAGCCAGGUGAGAUGCUGUAAAGGAAUAGGGCGAAGAAAACAUUUCCAGCCCCCAGCACCUCUUCCUAGGGGGAAGGUGUGUGCUGUUGCUGGCCUGGAAUCCAGGGUGACUGUCACUCCUGUGCCAGAAGCAGUUCCUUCACACGAGCUAUUUUGAAACACCAAAGAACAAGACCAGCCACAGCACUCUUCCACCACGCAGGAGUAGCUGGUCACAAGGCUGGUGAGUGCUUCAAAGACUGUAUUUGUUAAAAUAAAGAAAACAACGCCACCAGCUGCUCAGUGGCCUGUCUCUAGCUCUCUCUAGCUCUCAUGCCUCUUUCCUUCCCGAGAACUUCUGCAUAGUACCAAUGUACUGCUGUUACUAAUUUGGUUCCUGAAAGGGACAACUCUACCCAAUCAGUCUUGAUUCGAAGG